AAAGUUUAAUCUCCUGCAUCUAAAACUUUUGCGUGGAGGGCCACACCCUCCACCAAAACUGAAUAUGUUAGUCAGAAAAAUUGAUAAAACAUAUAUAAUGAUAAAUUUAACAAUUUCAAAUCAACAAAGAAAUGAGUAAUGGCAGUCGUUGAUGAGAAUACAAAACUAUUAAGGAACAAAUCCCUUACCAAUGUGGCUCAAGGAGGUGCUCCAACCGGAAGAUCUCCAACUCCAACUUCAAAUGCAAGAUUGCUAACCCCAGGUCGACCACCAUUAUAUUCGGUGCCGUCUACUCAAUCACUUCGAUCUUUGAAAAGUAUCAAUUCUAUAAAUGAUCCGUUGGUCGAUACGUAUAUAAAUCGAAAUACAGGUAACCUUGGUGAUGAUAUUACAGGUCUGUCAGUAUUAAAUUUCAAUAUGUUUAAUAAACUUAAUAAUAAUAAUAAUAAAUCUCAAUUCGAUAGAGUGGCAUAUUUAGCAUACUAUUUACCAUUUUUAAAUUGGUUACCGAAAUAUGAUAUUAAACAAAACUUAUUAGGAGAUUUCUUAGCUGGUAUAUCAUUAGCUUCAUUCCAGAUUCCUUUGGUAAUGUCUAUUGCUACUUCAUUGGCUCAUUUACCUCCCAUUACUGGUAUUUAUUCAAUUAUUUCAGCAGCAAUCAUGUAUUCAUUACUUGGUUGCGUGCCGGUUCUUAUUGUUGGACCUUCCCCUUCCACAGCUAUAAUGUUUGGUCAAACUAUUGAACAAAUCAUUCAUGAGAAAUCAUUUGAAUCAUUCUCUGAAUUAGAAAUUGCUUCAGUUAUGGCAUUUUCAAUGAGUGGACUUUUAUUAGGAUGUGGAUUACUUCGAUUUGGAUUCUUGGAUAAUGUAUUAAGUCGAGCUUUGUUAAAAGGUUUCAUCGCUGCUAUGGGGUUUAUUAUGAUCGUUAAUGAAUUCAGUACCGAAUUGGGAUUGGUUGAAUUGGCUCAAUCUCAACCUCAUUUAACAACUCUUGAUAAACUUAUAUUCGCGAUUAAGUACUAUAAAGAAGCUCAUAUCUUGACCUUUACCAUCUCAAUUGUUACGUUAACUAUCGUCAUGAUCAUUAGAUAUAUCAAAAGUCUUCUUGUGAAUAAGUAUAAUAAGAAGCUGGCCAUUUAUUUCCCAGAAUUGUUCUUAAUGGUUGUAUUAGCUACUUAUUUAUGUGAAAAAUAUAAAUGGUAUCAAAAUGGUGUUGAAAUCGUGGGUAAUAUAAAUUCACCAUCCUCCUCAUCUACAACAACAUUACCCAAUUUCAUUAAUCCAUUAAAUCCAAAAUAUAUCCCUCUUUAUAAACAGACAUUUUCAACUGCAUUUCUAUGUGCCAUUCUUGGUUAUUUCGAUUCAACAACGGCCACCAAGGCUCUUGGUGCAAAAUACAACUAUAACGUUUCAUCAAAUCGUGAAUUAAUAGCAUUAGGUUCUUCUAACUUAUUAACUAGUUUAGUAAGUGGAUUGCCAUCAUUUGGAGCCUUUGGUAGAUCAACCAUUAAUAUUCUUGCUGGUGCAACUACUCCAAUGGCUACACUUAUAAUGGCAUCAUGUACCAUUUUGGCUAUUAUUUAUUUAUUACCCUUAUUAUACUUCUUACCUGAAUGUGUCUUGGCUCUUACCACUACUAUUAUUGGUAUAACGGUAUUACAAGAAAUCCCUCAUGAUUUAAAAUUCUUUUGGGCCAUUAGAGGGUAUGAUGAAUUAGGACUCUUUGCUAUGGUCUGUCUUACUACUAUCUUAUGGAGUGCACAAGCUGGAGUUGGUUUAGGUGUAUUGGUUGCGAUUGUGAGAGUUAUAAGACAUAGUACGAAGUCAAGAAUUCAAAUUAUGGGUAGAAUUCCAAAUACUCAUGUAUUUAGAAAUGCUGAUACUUUGAUUGAAGAAAGUUUUGCUGGAUUUGCCAAUGAGCAUAGUAAUGUUGGUAGUAAUGGAAAUAAUUCAAAUUUUUCAUCUACUGAUAAUUUAUUAAAUCUUGCAUCAUCAUCAGCAACCAAUCCUCAAAUUACUAUUAAUGAUAAAUUAUCUCAUUUAAUUGCUGAAAUUGAAGAUAUUGAAGGGGUCUUAGUAAUUAAGAUUCCUGAACCAUUAAAUUUCGCUAAUUCAUCUGAUUUAAAGUCAAAAAUGACAAGAAUUGAACGAUACGGAUCAUUAUUAGUACAUCCAUCCCAACCAUCCAAACGUCAAUUUAAUAAUCAAAAUAUUAAAUUUGUUAUAUUUGAUUGUAAAGGUAUGAAUGAUAUUGAUUCAUCUGCUACACAAGUCUUAUAUGAAAUCAUUAGAAGAUAUGUUGAAGACGAAGGUAUUACCGUAUCGUUCAGUAGAGUCCCCACUAGUUCAAACGUUCGUGAUAAGUUUAAAAAAUCUGGAAUUGCAAGCUUAAUCAAUCAAUGUAAUUCAAAUAGAAUAAGUCAUUCCCUGGAAUCAUCAUGGUCAGCUUCAGGAAUGGGAGAAGGGUUUUUCCUUAGUAUAGAUGAAGCAUUAAAAACGGUCGACCUUGAUACCGUUUGAAAAAACAGCAGACCAUCUAUCUUUUUAUAGACAUAAUAAUAAUAAUAUAUUCAAAGUGACUUAAUUUUCCUAUAUCGGAGCCGUUGUAGAAUUUGCAGCAUAAAAAAAAAGCAAUUUAAAAAAACGACAAGAAAUUUUUCGACAUUUUUCUAUGACUUCAUCACGACAUUUCUUAUUUAUC